UGUGCAGGGUGUUGGGGAGACCAGAGGUUGUCCUGCCCUACAGAGGGAACACUGAAGAACACCAUGGCCUUAGCGGGAUGCCCUGACUUCUUCUUACGUCACCCGAACUACCAGGAAAGCAUGGACCGCACUUCCUCUCGUAGAACUGAGGAGCUGAUUGUUCCAGGCUUCCAGCGCUCGGCCAAUCAGAACUUGCCACAUCACCAUGAAGACGAUGUGGACCUGGAGCAGCUGGUGAACGACAUGAACUCCUCCAUGGAGAGUGUGUACUCCACGCAGUCGGACACGGCGCUGCUCCUGAACAACAGCCACGCUCCCGCUCCACACCACCACCACCACCACAUGCACCCUGCCUUCCCGCGUCACUCUCAGCCCAUGCACAUCCAGGCCGUCAGGUGCCUGCAGGAAGAGCAUCGGCUGCGUCCAGCCUCCCUGCCCGCCAUCCCCAACCCUUUCCCUGAGCUCUGCAGCCCCGCAGGCUCCCCCGUCCUCAGCCCCAUACAGACCCCCAACAACCACUGUGUGUGUGUGUGUGUGUGUGUGUACGCAGAGAGAUGUCUGGAGGACCACGAGCUGGUGGUUCAGGUUCAAGCCUCCAUGAGCAGCGACAGUAAAUUCCUCUUCAGGAAGAACUAUGCCAAAUAUGAAUUCUUCAGAAACCCCCUGAACUUUUUUCCAGAGCAUAUGGUGGCCUGGUGUCAGGAGUCUGACGGCUCGAUCCCUCAGUCACAGCUCUUACAGAACUUUCUAAACUCCAGCAGCUGUCCAGAGAUCCAGGGCUAUCUGUCUGUGAAGGAGCCCGGCCGCAGGUCCUGGAGGAAACUCUACAUGUUCCUGCGGCGCUCCGGGCUUUACUACUCCACUAAAGGAACGUCCAAGGAGCCCCGACACCUGCAGCUGCUCUCAGAUCUGGACGACAGUAACAUCUUCACCAUCAUCUCAGGCAAAAAACUCCACAACUGUCCCACAGACUUCCAGUUCUGCAUCAAGCCCAGCAAAGUGAGGAGUGACUGCAAGGAGCUGAAGAUGCUGUGUGCCGAGGACGAGCAGAGCAGAACCUGCUGGAUGACGGCCUUCAGACUGCUCAAAUAUGGGAUAGUCCUUUAUCAGAGCUACAACGUGCCCCAGCAGAGGAAGUCCAAUCUUUCGCCUUUUACAGCACCUGUGCGGAGUGUAUCUGAGAACUCUCUGGUGGCCAUGGACUUCUCUGGGAGGACCGGGCGGGUCAUCGACAACCCCCUCGAGGCCCAGAGCGCCGCCGUGGAGGAGGGACAGACGUGGAGGAAACGGAGCCAGCGUAUGAAUGUCCUGGGCAGCUCGAGCCCCCUGCACCCCUCCUCUCUGAGCACAGUGAUCCACAGGACACAGGUCUGGUUCCAUGGUCGCAUCAUGAGGGAGGAAGCCCACAAAAUGAUCAUCCAACAAGGCCAAGUAGACGGGUUAUUCCUGUUGCGGGACAGUCAGAGUAAUGUCAAGGCAUUCGUGCUCACCUUGUGCCACCACCAGAAGAUCAAGCACUUCCAGAUCCUGCCGUGUGAGGAAGACGGUCAGGUGCUCUUCAGCCUCGACGAUGGCGCCACAAAAUUCACCGACUUGAUCCACCUUGUGGAGUUUUACCAGCUGAACAGAGGGGUGCUGCCCUGCAAGCUUAAACACCCGUGCACCGCUGUGGCCUUGUGACACUCCUCAACCCCGACACCUCUACCCCCUUUUUUUGCACACCUCUCUCUAACCCUGAGAUUCCGCCGCCCCCAUCUGCCCCUUCCUCACCGACGAAGGUGAGGGGAUAGAGAAGUCGAGUUUGAGGAUGUGAACUCGCCUGGCAUUGGAGGUUUUUCUGAUUUCCCCCAAUGCGGCAACGCUUUCCUCCAGGCUUUCCGCUGUCUGGUCAAGCGUUGCAGAUCGAGGACCCGUCAGUCGGCCAACGUUGUCAUGGAGACUCGACUGUUUUGUCAUUGCUGUUGGAGAGAGACCAUGUGAUGUGAAAACACGAGAUGGCGAAAGUCUGUUUGCAGGAUGGCUGCGGGUCUCUAGGAUGGACCCCUCCCUCACCCUUUAACCUCCCACAUCCUCCAGGCCUGAUAAGCUGUGGUGCCCGCCCCACCCUCAGUCCUUCGAGGGGGGGUGCCACCCUCUGACUUCCUCAUAAAUCAUCAGGGAUGGACGGGGAACCUCUCUGGAUCUUAUCAAACUCAAUCCAGGAGUUUCCUCUACCUUUGCAGUCCAGUCUGGAUAAGCUGACACCCUGUCCCCCCUUCCAAAAACAGACUCGAUGCAGCCUCUCUGCUGUCCCACAAUCCCCUGGGGUGUAACCCCCCCUCCCCACCCAUAUCCUGCCUCUCCUCUCCACAUAAAGCUCA